AUGCAGGCGGCCCCCGCCUUCCUGCAGCCCUCGGGGCCGCUGGCGCGGGCGGCGCCCCCGCCGGGCGACGCAGGCGCACCCCCUGCCCUGGCAGCGGCCCUCGGCGCGGCCGCCGCGGCCGACGUCCCCGGCGGCGGGGCUGCCCGGCUGUCGGCGCGGGCGGCCGCGGCCGCCGCGAGCGUGGCGUUGGCCCUGGCGGCGGCACGCCUUCCGGCGCACGGGAGGCGGCCCAGGAGGUCCUGCGCCAUCACCGCGCAGCGGGCCACGACGCUGGCAGAGCCCCCGGUCGCCGCCGUGGACUCCGCCAAGCUGGAGUACCACAGGAAGAUGUUCAACGACGUGCUCUGCGUCAGGGUGCCGAGGAAGCUGGAGGUCUUCCUCAACGUUCUCCAAGCCAGCGGCUUCACGGUCCUCGGCAAGGACGACUGGCGGGGGCUCGGCGACCUGCACCCCUUCAUGAUGCCCAUCGCCACGAGAGGAGAGGGCGACGACGCCGACGUCGUGGGUCUGCUGCUCCGCACGCCCAACGGGCAGGCCCUGCAGCCGGACGAAUACCAGGUGGUGUCCCAGAAGCCCAGGAAGACGUGGAAGCUGGUUCUCUGGUCGCUCACCAUGGACAAGUGGAUUGCCAAGCGCGCCGAAGAGGCGAAGUUCGAGAACAGCGAGCAGGACCAAGGCGUUCUCGAGGCGGUGAAGGACGCGUACGAUUUCAAGUUUAAAGGUGGUGACCGGAGCUCGCUGAACAAGUGGCUCCUGCUCCAGGUUGGCGCGUUCCCCGACGUCUACAGGCAGCUGGCCGACGAGCUGCUGCUCCGCGGGGACCCGAAGAGCGCCCUGUCCGUUGCCGACACCAUGCGGGACGCCUUCGGCACGCAGUGGGCCUUCCCGCACUCCUACCAGUGCGGGAUCCUGCGGAACCACUACAACCAGCCGGAUUCGGACGACCCCGAGCGGCGGACGGACCGCAAUAUGGAGGCCGACCACAGCGCCGAGCGCUGCUUCAAGACCGGCUACCCGCUCUGGUCCCUCGCCGAGGAAGACGACCUGGAGUUCCUCCUGGGGGAGGCCAAAAUGCCGAGGUUAGAGGACAUGGACUCGCUGCGGGUCUUCUACCUCGGCCGGGUCGUGAACGACCAGCGGGCCGCGGUCCGGACAGGGGACAUCAGCGAGGGCUGCGCCACCCUCGCCAAGGCCGGGGAGCGCCCGCUGAGGGCGAGGUCUGCCUGUCGGGAGUGUGGGUCGAAGGCGCCGCAACACGUCAUCAAUCAGCAACGAGAGCAGCGGCAGCAGAACACUUCGGGCGGGAACGGCAAGGCGCAGCGGGCCAAUGCCUGGCUCAACGGUCCUCCUGUCCUCCAGAGCCAAGGCGGCUCAAGGGCUGGCGGGCGAGCCAAUGCCAACGCCACGGAGUUGUCAAAUGAGGGUAUCAUCAAGCUGCUCAAGUCACGAGGGCUUCAAGCGGGCUCGGAACUUGACACCAUGCUCACUGAAGUGCUCAAGGAAGCAGAGGGGCCAGGGCCUGCAGACCUUGGCUCCAAGGGGCUCCAGGACCUGCUCCAGAGGCAGUCGCGGAAGCUCAAGCAGAUCGAAGGGUCCACUGAGAGAGUGCAGAAUGCCAAGGCCGCACUCGAGGAGGCCCAGCGCUACUUUGAGCAGGAGUGCCAGCAGCUCAAGGCGCACCAAGACAACCUCUCGGAUAUCGAAAAGUUCAUCAAGAAAGCCCAGUCCGCCACCGUCUUGCCCGAGCCUCCAGAGCAAGAUGGCGAGUCUGAUCCGAAGCACGAGCUCCAGAUGCUGGACGUCCUGGAGCUGGCUGUCAAGAAAUACACUUCUCGCUUCGCCAUCGAUGCCACUGCGGUCCUCGCGGCCACGGAGGCGAAGAAGGCAGAGUUCACAUCGAAGUUGCCGAAGGCUGAAGAGCCUUCUGCACCUCAGCCUGCUACUGGGGCUGAUCCUUCUCCUGGCGGCGCAGGUGGGUCAGAUCCAGACAUCAUCGUCCUUGACCCAGACGACAAUGAGCUCAGGGCCAAGCUCAAGCGAGCUGGGUUCGAUGCCGCUGAUGAUCCAGAAGCCCUUCGCAGUCAGUUGCCAGCAGACAAGUUGGACUUGAGUUGUGGAAAGGAGCUGCCGUCUUCCAGGAUUGCGGCAGCCAUGGUCAAUGUUGGUAUUUCUACUCCCUUGGCGGUAGUAUCAGUGUACCUUCACACCAGCGUCGGGCUCGCAGGGGUGAACAUCGAGCUCCUUGGUAAGUUGUUGCAAGCAGUUGGCAAGUUACAGUUUCCGUGGAUAGUGGCAGCGGAGUGA